AUGGUGAACAAUCGUAACGAAGUAAUGGCAAACGAAGAAGAAGCUGCACCGACGUCAUCUUGUUUUGGUUCUUGUCAGCAGCAGCAGCAGCAAGUUGCGAGCAACGACGACGACAUAGACGCCGGUGAGAACGACGACGAAGACGCCGGCGAGAACGACGAUGAUAAUGGCGAUGAUAAUGGCGACGAAGACGCCGACGAUGAGCGCGACGAAGACGCCGACAAUAAUGAAGAUUCCAUCGCGGAAGUAGACUACGGGGGCGGAACUGUAAAUGUUGCGCAAAAAAAUAGUAGUAAACAGGACAGCACCAACAACGAGCGCAGCAACAGUGACGUCGAUGACACCGUCAAGCGUCACAACGACAGCAGUGCUAUUCCCGCCACAUCCGACAGUGCUGCCGAUGACGAGAGAAGCAAACAAAUCAUAAUAGCGGAUCUACAAGAUAGACAAAACAAAUGGCACCGACACGUGCACGUGAGAGACCUGAAAAGACUACGACCAGACGAUCAAAACAACGACAAGGAAAGCGAUAACGAAACAGAGACGGACGAGAACGAACCACGAGCAACAUCAACAAUACAGAACAAGAGCGGACAUCAGAAAAACAACAACUCCCGGGCUAUAAAAGCAGCGGGAAAAAUCGUCUCAGCACCAUUCGUCACAAUGAGUGCCGAACAAGCUAUCACGGAAAGAUACUCCGAAAUGCCAGACGAGACUCUCGAAACACUCUUCGAGAGCAUAAUCCACCUCGUGGAUAAGCAAACAGCAUCGCCGGAACCAAAACCGGCUAAAAACCGGCGCCAGGUCCUAAAAGAUCUCUUCGGGGAUUCAGACCUCGACGAGGACCUCGACGGGCCAAAAUCAACGGCCCCCGCCAAGGCGAUCCCUGAGACGGCGAGAAAAAUUCGCCGACUGACGGCGCCGGACAUCAACGCCCGCCGAGCAGCACCGGGGACGCGGAUUCGGGCCACUGCCUGGCCAUACCCAGCCCGGAUUCAGGCACCCGCCACCACAGGCACGGCGAACAUCAUCACCGCCGCCCCUGCCGAGCCACCAGCUCCGUCCGGUACCAAGGUGGAGAUCCAGCCGGGGAGAUUCGUCGACGUGCCACACAAGGCCCGGCACGUCUGGCGAAAAUUCAAGGCGGACUUGCACGAUGGCCGAUGGAUCCUACGCUUCGGCGGCCAAGGACGCCUGAAGACGUGUAGGAACACGUCUUUCCCCUAA